UUACCCAGGCAGAGCCUCGCUCCGUCUCUCGUAGGGAUAUCAAUUGAGUAGCAGCGAGUAUGGAAUCGAUGUCCAGGUUUGGGAGACAAACGGAAAACCCAGUGGAACACCAAUGCCGACGGUGACGGCCGACGCCAGGAUAGCGGCCACGGGCUCGAAGCGAGGGCAACCCGGCUCUUGUCCCAAGAAAGGAAUCUGCUCCCUGCUGCCCUCCACGGUGGCACAUCGCCGGCGGGGCUGCACGCUGAGCCCCAACUUUUCUAGGAGCUGAUGCUCGCUUUGCAGAGUUGGUCUGAUGGAGCAAAGGCACUCAGCGCAGCUCGGUACAAGAAGGAAACAAUGCGACCAGCAUGCAAACAGCACGGAUUGUACUGGAAACUUGACACAGCACCAGAGAACACACACAGGAGAGAAACCCUUCAAGUGCACUGUGUGUGGGAAGGCGUUUGCACAGUCAUCAACUCUUCAGACCCACCAGAGAACACACACAGGAGAGAAACCUUUUAAGUGCAGUGUGUGUAAAAAGGUGUUUGCACGGUCAUCCAUUCUUAAAUCACACCAGAGAACACACACAGGAGAGAAACCUUUUAAGUGCACUGUGUGUGAGAAGGCAUUUUCAGAUUCAUCUACUCUUAAACAACACCAGAGAACACACACAGGAAAGAAACCUUUCAAGUGCACUGUGUGUGAGAAGGCGUUUGCACGGUCACCAAAUCUUCAAAGACACCAGAGAACACACACAAGAGAAAAACCUUUCAAGUGCACUGUGUGUGAGGAGGCGUUUGCACGGUCAUCCAUUCUUAAAUCACACCAGAGAACACACACAGGAGAGACACCUUUUAAGUGCACUCUGUGUGGAAAGGCGUUGGCAAAGUCAUCAAAUCUUAAGAUCCACCAGAGAACACACACAGGAGAGAAACCUUUUAAGUGCACUCUGUGUGGGAAGGCGUUUGCAAUGUCAUCAAAUCUUAAGACCCACCAGAAAACACACACAGGAGAGAAACAUUUUAAGUGCACUCUGUGUGGGAAGGCGUUUGCAAAGUCAUCAUAUCUUCAAACCCACCAGAGAACACACACAGGAUAUAAGCCCUUCAAGUGCAGUGUGUGUGGGAAGGCAUUUUUUGAUUCAUCUUCUCUUAAACAACACCAGAGAACACACACAGGAAAGAAACCUUUCAAGUGCACUGUGUGUGAGAAGGCGUUUGCACAGUCAUCACAUCUUCAAAGACACCAGAGAACACACACAGGAGAGAAACCCUUCAAGUGCACUGUGUGUGAGAAGGCAUUUUCAUGGUCGUCAUAUCUUCAGACCCACCAGAGAAUACACACAGGAGAUAAACCCUUCAAGUGCAGUGUGUGUGAGAAGGCGUUUUCAGAUUCAUCUGCUCUUCGACGACACCAGAGAACACACACAGGAGAUAAACCCUUCAAGUGCAGUGUGUGUGGGAAGACAUUUUUAGAUUCAUCUACUCUUAAACAACACCAGAGAACACACACAGGAAAGAAACCUUUCAAGUGUACUGUGUGUGAGAAGGUGUUUGCAAAGUCAUCAAAUCUUAAAAAACACCAGAGAACACACACGCAUCAGAAAAUCCACAAGAAGUGUAAUCUGAAAUCAGCUUGUGAAAGUCAAAGUGCUGCAAUGACCCCAUUGUUUAUGAAACAAGAACUAGAAGACAAUCCCAGCCUGGACACUUUGAAAGGUAUCAAGGUGAAAUAUGAAAAGGCGAAAGUGAAAUGUGAAGAAGUAACAUUGAAGAGCGUAGAAGUGAAGGUUAAAUUGAAGAUUCAACUCCAAAAUCGGACCUUCACAUAG